GGGAAUGGGGGUGCCGCCACCGCCUAGUCAGCUCUGCGUUCGCUGAAGACCGGUACCACCGCGCUGUCGUCGCGGCGCCCCCGCCCUGUGCUCUGCCCGCCCUCGCCGACCCCGGUAGCGGCUGGCGGACCCGGAGCCAGGACGGAGUUCUCGCCAUGCCAGCCCGGCGGCUGCUGCUGCUGCUGGCGCUGCUGCUGCCCGGCCCCAGGAUUUUUGGAAGUCCCAGCACGGUGACCCUUCCUGAAACCUUGUUGUUUGUGUCAACCCUCGAUGGAAGUUUGCAUGCUGUCAGCAAGAGGACAGGCUCGAUCAAAUGGACUUUAAAAGAAGAUCCAGUUCUGCAGGUUCCAACGCACGUUGAAGAGCCUGCCUUCCUCCCCGAUCCCAAUGACGGCAGCCUGUACACACUUGGGGGCAAGAACAAUGAAGGCCUGACGAAACUUCCCUUCACCAUCCCUGAGUUGGUCCAGGCAUCCCCAUGCCGAAGUUCAGAUGGGAUUCUCUACAUGGGUAAAAAGCAGGACAUUUGGUAUGUCAUUGACCUUUUGACCGGGGAGAAGCAGCAGACUUUGUCAUCGACCUUUGCAGAUAGUCUCUGCCCUUCAGCCUCUCUUCUGUAUCUUGGGAGAACAGAAUACACCAUCACCAUGUACGACACCAAAACCCGAGAGCUGCGGUGGAACGCCACCUACUUCGACUACGCGGCCUCGCUGCCCGAGGACGACGUGGACGACAAGAUGUCCCAUUUUGUGUCCAAUGGCGACGGGCUGGUGGUGACUGUGGACAGUGAAUCAGGUGACGUGCUGUGGAUCCAAAACUAUGCUUCUCCCGUGGUGGCCUUUUAUGUCUGGCAGCGGGAGGGGCUGAGGAAGGUGAUACACACCAAUGUCGCCGUGGAGACCCUGCGCUACCUGACCUUCAUGUCCGGGGAGGUGGGGCGCAUCACCAAGUGGAAGUACCCCUUCCCCAAGGAGACGGAGGCCAAGAGCAAGCUGACGCCCACCCUGUAUGUCGGGAAAUACUCUACUAGCCUCUACGCCUCCCCGUCAAUGGUCCACGAGGGGGUCGCUGUUGUGCCCCGAGGCAGCACUCUCCCUUUGCUGGAGGGCCCCCAGACUGAUGGUGUCACCAUUGGGGACAAAGGGGAGUGUGUGAUCACACCCAGCACCGACCUAAAGUUUAACCCUGGGCUCAAAGGGAAGAACAAGCUCAACUACUUGAGGAACUACUGGCUUCUGAUUGGGCACCAUGAAACACCGCUGUCCGCGUCCACCAAGAUGCUGGAGAGAUUCCCCAACAAUCUGCCCAAGCACCGGGAGAAUGUGAUUCCUGCCGACUCGGAGAAAAAGAGCCGUGAGGAAGUUAUCCACCUGGUGGACCAGACUUCUCCAAAUGCACCCACCGCCGUUUCUCAGGACAUGGAGGCAAAGUUUGCUCAUGCCCCUGCCAAGCCCGAGGCCCCCAUGGACUCCAUGCUCAAGGACAUCGCCACCAUCAUCCUCAGCACCUUCCUGCUCCUCGGCUGGGUGGCCUUCAUCAUCACCUACCCCAUGAGCAUGCACGAGCAGCGGCAGCUCCAGCACCAGCAGUUCCAGAAGGAACUGGAGAAAAUCCAGCUCCUGCAACAGCAGCAGCUACCCUUCCAUGCACCUGGAGACAUGGCUCAGGACGCUGAGCUCCUGGACUCGUCCGGCUUAUACUCGGAGAGCUCGGGCACCAGCAGCCCCAGCACGUCCCCCAGAGCCUCCAACCACUCCCUUCACUCCAGCAGCUCUGCCUCCAAGGCGGGCAGCCCCUCCCUGGAGCAGGAUGACGAGGAUGAGGAAACCAGCAUGGUGAUGGUUGGGAAAAUUUCAUUCUGCCCCAAGGAUGUCCUGGGCCACGGAGCGGAGGGCACGAUUGUGUACCGGGGCAUGUUCGACAACCGUGACGUGGCCGUCAAGAGGAUCCUCCCCGAGUGCUUCAGUUUCGCCGACCGCGAGGUCCAGCUGCUGCGAGAAUCUGACGAGCACCCGAACGUGAUCCGGUACUUCUGCACAGAGAGGGACCGGCAGUUCCAGUACAUCGCCAUUGAGCUGUGCACGGCCACGCUGCAGGAGUACGUGGAGCAGAAGGACUUCGCCCACCUCGGCCUGGAGCCCAUCGCCCUGCUGCAGCAGACCACCUCCGGCCUGGCCCACCUGCACUCCCUCAACAUUGUUCACAGAGACCUGAAGCCGCACAACAUCCUCCUCUCCAUGCCCAGUGCCCACGGCAGGAUCAAGGCCAUGAUCUCUGACUUCGGCCUCUGCAAGAAGCUGGCCGUGGGCAGGCACAGCUUCAGCCGCCGUUCGGGGGUGCCCGGCACCGAAGGCUGGAUCGCUCCGGAGAUGCUGAGCGAAGACUGCAAGGAGAACCCCACCUACACAGUGGACAUCUUCUCUGCUGGCUGCGUCUUUUACUACGUGAUUUCUGAGGGCAGCCACCCUUUCGGCAAGUCCCUGCAGCGGCAGGCCAACAUCCUCCUGGGCGCCUACAGCCUCGACUGCUUGCACCCCGAGAAGCAUGAAGACGUCAUCGCCCGGGAACUGAUAGAGAAGAUGAUCGCAAUGGAUCCUCAGAAGCGCCCGUCAGCGAAGCACGUGCUGAAACACCCCUUCUUCUGGAGCCUGGAGAAGCAGCUGCAGUUCUUCCAGGACGUGAGUGACCGAAUCGAAAGGGAAUCCCUGGACGGCCCGAUCGUGAAGCAGCUGGAGAGAGGCGGGAGAGCUGUGGUGAAGAUGGACUGGAGGGAGAACAUCACCGUCCCCCUCCAGACAGAUCUGCGCAAGUUCAGAACCUACAAAGGCGGCUCCGUCAGAGAUCUCCUCCGAGCCAUGAGAAAUAAGAAGCACCACUACCGGGAGCUCCCCGCGGAGGUGCGGGAGACCCUGGGCUCCCUCCCCGACGACUUCGUGCGCUACUUCACGUCCCGCUUCCCCCACCUCCUCUCACACACCUACCGGGCCAUGGAGCUGUGCAGCCACGAGAGGCUCUUCCAGCCCUACUACGUCCACCUGCCCCCGGAGCCUCAGCCCCCAGUGACUCCAGACACCCUCUGAGCCAGGGCCUGAUGUCUGCAAGCCAGAGCCUGAGGCCUACCCGCUGAGCAAGGAGGCCAGGCUCCCAAACCCAGUGCCUUGAGCUGCCUGCUCUGCGGCCAGCAGAGGAGGGUGCUGACCCCGGGAAGGGGAGAGGUGACCUCCUGACCUGCAGGAAGCUGGGAACAUGUGCCUGUGAAAACGUUGUCAUCAGGGAACAUCUGCAAGAAGGGCCCGUCCCAGAGGCAGCAACAGGACGCCCCCACUCCUGGAUGAACUUGCAUCUUUAAACUUCCCGUUGGAUGCCAGCCUGUGGGCCUUCAAGGAAGAGAGAGGAAGAAAUCCUGAGUUCUGCCUGCGUGCUGGGACCAGGAGCGUCUCUCUCCUCGACCAGCAGGCGGGACACUAAGCACAGCCUCUGCUGGAGGUGGGGCCGGAGAGGUGAGGGUGCUGGGAGGAGCAGGACAGUCACAGGGUGUCGUCCCUGGGGGCAGAGAGCACCGAUCACUGACCACAAGUGCACCCAGGUAUCCCAGGAUCCCAGGUCACAGUAGCCAGUGUUUCCGGGAGCUGCGAGAGCCUCGAGCGUGGGGCUGCGGUGCUGGGACAGGUCAGCAGCGCGUGCUGGGGGGACGCUCUGUUCUGAGGCAGCUGCGGCCCGGUGUGCUGGUAGCCUGAAUAGUGGCCUUGGGUGACCUUGUGCCCUGGACCGUUUAGGGAUGUUUAGGAAUAUAUGGGGGCAAGAAGUGAUCAUUCCCUGGCCAUCAAGGACCCAGGCAGGGACAGGCCUUCAGGACUGGAGGGGAGCAGGCCUCAGGGGCCACAGUGGCCACCUGGGAAAGCCCUGGGCCAGAGGGAGGUGAUGAGGCUUCUGUCCCUGGAGCCAGCGGGAUCGGCCUAGGGGUGGGAGCCAGGGUCACCGUGUACUUCGUGGACAGGAUUUUCUGUUUCUCUUGGUAGAUUUUAACUUUAUAUUUUGAUCAUGCUGUAGAAGGCUACAUUAGCACAGGUAAGUUAAACUUAACUUGAAGCUUACUCAUGAAGGAAAAAUGCAAUACCUCUAUUUCGUGUGGUACCGAAAACCCCCAGCCCCCCAGGAAGAGUGUUCGUAGUCAGAACAUUUCUCUAGUGCUGAUGAAGAGUGCAGCAUUCUGGCAUUACUACGUGUUAACCUCACAGUAACACUCCCUAAAUUGUUAAUAUUAUGUUUUUUCCCCCCUAAAUUUAACACAAUUUUCAAGUUUUAGUUUCCGUCAGGAAUUCCUGUCUUUUCUCUACUGAGAGCCUUAGAGGUUGGCUGAGGCAGGGCACCCCGUGAGGAAGUUCUCGCGUCAUUUCUCCAACGGGGGAACAGGUCGUCGCGGUCCAGCCCCCGUGAACCGGGGGACUCCACGUGGGAGCACGGUCGUUACCAUCAAGUUUUACUGCCCGGCAGAGAUCACUGUUUCUGAUUGUGUGACACCUUCGGUGGGUCGUGCAUGAAGGCCACACAUCCGGACCCCUCGUUCUGCCUUUGUAGACUUCCGUUCCCUUCCUUCAUAAUCCUCAAAUCGCUUUUUCUCUUAAAUUAAUAUUAUCCUGCAUCUUGCAACCUCAUCGGUUACCUCAUUUCGACCUUGGAACCCUGGCGCCCUUGGUUGGCAUGGUGACUCCACCACGCUGUUUGUUUCAGGAGCACAGCCGGACAGGUUCCUUCUCCCCGCUCCGAUCGGCCUGUGCCGGCUCUGCUCAGCGGGUCACUUUGCCCCUGGGCCCGAGAGACAGGUGGAGAAGGUGCCACGAGUGACUCGGGGGCUGGCGGCUUUCUGUGCCGCUGUGUCACUGCUGGGUUCUUGGGGAGCAGCCAGGUCGCCGCUCGCUGCCAGUCCUCGUCUUCUCUCUGUCUUGGUUCAGCGUGCCUGCAGGACAGCUUCUUCUGAAAAUGCCUUUUCUGCUGAUCAUACCCAACUUUCUCAAGCUCAGCAUUCACCGUAUACUGGGAUACUGGGUGCUAGGAACAGACAGAUGGACAAGAUAGGCAAACCCCCGCUUUCCUAAGGGCCUGUGGUGAGAGACAACAGUGAGUAACACUAGUACUGUGAAGAAGCCCGGGGGGGGGGCGCGUGCGUUUGGGCCUUGCACCUUUUCAGUCUUGAAGCCACCCGUGUCCCAGGACCCAUCGGAACUGGUCAGGUUGCUUUCUGUCCAUCGUCUCUUCAUCACCUUUAGGACCCGUCACUCGUCAGUCCUUCAGGCGGUUUGAAGAGGCCUUGCAUGGACACUUGUCAUGAAAACUCCUUGAACAUCCUCUGAUAGACCCCGUUUCAGUCUCCGAAAUGGGGGUUUCCUUGGUGCAGCUGAGCUAUUUGACCUUUCGUACGAUUCCCGGAAGGCUGUUGUCAUCUUAGAAGUAUUCGGUCUUCACUUCUACAACAGAAUUUAGUUGCAUCUGUUAGGAAUCCUGAGGACACUAUAAUUUAUUCAUGUCUUAGGUUGAACCUUGUAUUGAAUCUCCGGAGCACACCUGCCAGAAUUUCUCUUGUUGCUUCUGGAGCUUUAAUCUCAUUGUAUAAAGACCUCCACACAGCGCUAGGCGUCCGAGCAUUUGCACUUUAGGGAGUCACUGGUGUUACUUGAUACGUCUCUAAACCAUCCAGUUGCUGAGGUACGAAACCCUGAGUGCAGAGGUGUCCUCCCCUCCCCCGGCCUCAGUGCCGCAGUCACCUUAGGUUCUUCCCGUGGGGCGUCUCCCUCACCCUUUCUGUGCAUUAGAUUGGAAGGUCCGCAGUUAGUGGGUCCAGCGGCCUUUCUUUCCAUCAAGAAAGGUUCGUAUCAGCAUUCAUCCUGGUCCUUUCGGUGAGGCUGUGUGUGGACACGGCUCGUGCAUCUUUGCAGCUCCUUCUCGCGGCAGUUACAGACGAGUUGGUCGUUGAUCUGACCUCUCGCGAUGCAGGCCCUUUGGGUUGCAGGGCUUUCUCCUCUUGGCCGCUGCCUUUUUAGAGGCUGGACUCCGGCCAGCUUCACAUUUCCCAAGACUGUUCCCGUCCUCUGUCCCUGUUCAUCGGAUCCUCAGCCUUGAGGUCCUCGCGGGAGGUGCCCUGGCUGUGCUCCCACGCCUGCGUCGGGGAAGAGCUAGGAGAGAGCCCAGCACCGCUGUGCAGGCCCCUUAAAUUCUCCGUAGCUCGCUCUGCCCAUUCGUUUCUGAAAUCCCUUCUCUUCGUCCCCCAGCGUUUCCUUGCCCCGGCCAUCCCUUCACCAGCCUGGAGCUGUCGUUUAGAUGAGUGUGGCCUGGCAUCGGCCUUUCCGAGGAAGUCGUCGGGCAUCCCGUACAGAGGAGCCAGAUUCCACCUUUCCAGGGUUGGACCGUUAGCUUUUAAACCAAAGUGUCUCCUCUUCCAUACUUUUUUAUGAAACAGUGAUUUUCCAUGAGUAACUCUGGUUCUGGCUUUUGUAGCAGCACUCAAAUCUCUUCUGUGUUCAUUGGAAAACCACAGAGAACCGUCUGUAGUGAGCCUCCCCCUGGAGCAGCCUUAACCAGCAACUCCGGCCAAAGCCCCCCUCCCCGCCUCCCCAAG